AUGGGUAACACCUCGGCGUCCCAGAAGGACAGCUCUGCGAACGCGCCGCGGGCGGCGAAAGACCUCGACGACCUACUCCCUGCCUUGCGCGAGAGGUUCGAGGAACUCGCGGGGCUCCCGGCAUCGGAAGCACCACUACCACCACCACGAGGUGCGGCAGUGGCGACAACAGCCUCGGAGGGCCACGUCCGGCAAAAGCAGCAGCAGCAGCAGCAGCAGGAGAAGGAAGAGGAGGAGUGCUUCGUCUUUUUCGACGACUGGUGGUAUUUGCCGGGGCCGAGGGGUGCGGAGGUGGCGAAGAGGCUGUACGGCGUGCUGGACGCCAACGGGGACGGCAGGUUAAGCUUCGAGGAGUUCGCCGGCGCGGCAUGUCUUCUCAAGGGCUCUCCACACCAGACCAAGCUCGAACGAUGUACGGAGACGCUAGCAGAGGCGGGCUCGUCGGUAGGGAAGGGCUGA